AUGAGCCUCGACAAGGUCAAGAACAUCGUCCUGGUCCUUUCGGGCAAGGGCGGAGUCGGCAAGUCCUCUGUCACUACCCAGCUCGCUCUAUCUCUCGCUUCUUCAGGUCACUCUGUCGGCAUCCUCGAUGUUGAUCUCACAGGGCCGUCCAUUCCCCGCAUGCUCUCCAUUGAAGCAUCCAAGGUCACACAGGUCCCGGGUGGAUGGGCUCCAGUGCUCGUGCACGAAGCCGACGAGUCUAAAGGUCUAGGCAGUCUCCAUGCCAUGAGUCUAGGGUUUCUGCUCCCAAAGAGAGGCGAUGCCGUUGUAUGGAGAGGCCCAAAGAAGACAGCCAUGAUCCGACAAUUCCUCAAGGACGUGCUAUGGGACGAGACAGAUUACCUACUGAUUGACACACCGCCUGGAACAAGCGACGAACACAUUUCCCUAGCCGAGACACUGCAGAGAGAUGCCAGACCAGGACAGGUCGCGGGCGCAGUCGUCGUGACAACUCCCCAGGCCGUUGCUACAGCGGACGUCCGCAAGGAACUCAACUUUUGCACCAAGACAGGCAUCCGUGUCCUUGGAGUCGUCGAGAACAUGAGCGGUUACGUCUGCCCACACUGCUCAGAAUGCACCGACAUCUUUGGAUCGGGAGGCGGAAAAUCCAUGGCCGAAGAGUUCAACGUUCCAUUCCUAGGAUCAGUACCCAUGGACGCUCAAUUCAUCACACUCGUCGAGGAGGGAAGGAGGCCAACAUAUCCCUCAGGGACUACGGUCAACGGAAAAGACUUGUCCACUCCCCAGGGGGAAGGGGAGAGCUUGGUUGAUAAAUACCGGGCUUGCUCACUGUUCCAUGUUUUCGAAGCAAUCACUGACAAGGUGAUGGCCAAUGCCAGCAACGCGCAGACCUGAGCUGGAUCCAAUGUGUCAUGCCCUAGCAGCCAAGCAAAGGAUGGUCUGGUCCACAACUACGCCCCUUUCUCGGGCCGUCGCCAGUUUUGCACCACGCUCUGCAUGUUGUCACGCCAGGUCAGCAAUAUUACGGGUCGGCAAGCGAGUCUGGGACACAUCAUCAAGGGGUCAUCAUGGUUCCGACCUGCAUGCGCGACAUUUGGUUCCGAGACGACACGAGUUCACGGUACCUCUCUACUAGAACCCGGCGUCAGGUACAAGGCGGCAGGCGGCAGCAAAACCGAGACGGAGAAGAGUCUUCAGGCCAAUAGAGAUGGAACCUGAAAUAGAGAUGACGAAAUAAAUUGUGGCCAAAUGCAAGGAUUUGGCCCUGCCCCGC